GUCGGGAGGAAUUGAUGGUGUCUUUUCGGGGAAACAGAGCCGAGGGAAGGAAUCUGAAUGCGCUCGGCUGAACCAUGCCAGCUUUGUGGAUCAUAACUUUGGCGAUCACUUUGAACCAAGUGUGGUGUGUCCGCUUCUCCCAGGAGCCUGCAGACCAGUCAGUGGUACUUGGAGAACGGGUGGUGUUGUCCUGCGUGGUCUUCAACUACAGUGGCAUCGUCCAGUGGACCAAGGACGGCCUGGCCCUUGGCAUCGGAGAGGGUCUGAGAGCUUGGCCCAGGUAUCGGAUACAGAGGGCUCUGGACAUCGGCCAGUACAACUUGGAGAUCUCCAACUCCGAGCUUACCGAUGACUCUUUGUAUGAGUGUCAGGCCACGGAGGCCGCACUCCGCUCCAGGAGGGCCAAACUCAAUGUACUUGUCCCCCCCGAGGACCCGGUGGUCGAGGGAACCCCGGAGCUCCUGCUCAUGGCUGGGACUCCGUACAACCUGACCUGUGUGACCCGCGGGGCCAAGCCUGCAGCGCACAUCCAGUGGACCAAGGACGGAGUCGCUGUGGAGGGGGCCUACCAGUCCACGGAGGUGCUGCCGGACAGGAAGAGAGUGACGACCAGGAGCUACCUGCCACUCACGCCGGUCGACACUGACAGCAACAGCAACUUCACCUGUGUUGCCAGCAACCCGGCAGUGCCGAUGGGCAAACGAGCCACUGUUACCCUCAACGUCCACCAUCCUCCUACAGUGACCCUGUCCAUCGAGCCUCGUUCUGUGCUGGAGGGCGAGAGAGUCACCUUUACCUGCCAGGCCACAGCUAACCCACCCAUCAUGGGCUUCAGGUGGGCUAAAGGUGGCGUGCUGCUGGAGGGAGCCAGGGAGAGUGUGUUUGUCACCACGGCAGAUCACUCCUUCUUCACCGAGCCUGUGUCCUGUCAGGUUUUCAACGCUGUGGGGAACACCAACGUCAGCAUCCUGGUGGACGUCCACUUUGGUCCCAUCCUGGUGGUGGAGCCCAGACCAGUUACGGUGGACGCGGACGCUGACGUCACUCUGAACUGCAAGUGGUCUGGAAACCCUCCUCUCACCCUCACCUGGACCAAGAAGGGCUCCAGUAUGGUGCUCAGCAACAACAACCAGCUGUACUUGAAGUCAGUGAGCCAAGCUGAUGCAGGCCAGUAUGUCUGCAAGGCCAUCGUACCCCGGAUUGGUGUGGGAGAGACCGAGGUUACACUCACUGUCAAUGGCCCCCCCAUCAUCUCCAGUGAUUCGGUCCAGUACGCUGUCAGAGGAGAGAGAGGAGAGAUCAAGUGCUACAUUGCCAGCACCCCCCCACCUGAUAAGAUUGUUUGGGCAUGGAAGGAGAACGUGUGGGAGAAGGAGAAAGGCACCCUGAUGGAGCGGUACACCGUGGAACAGAGUAAACCUCCAUCCCAGGGUGGAGCCGUCCUCUCCACGCUCACCAUCAAUAACGUCAUGGAGUCCGACUUCCACUCACCGUACAACUGCACCGCUUGGAACUCCUUCGGACCCGGCACCAUGAUAAUCACCCUGGAGGAGACAGAUAUUGUUCCAGUGGGAAUUAUCGCCGGUGGUACGGUGGGCUCCUCCAUUCUGCUGCUGAUGUUUCUACUGGCGCUCGCUUUCUUCCUCUACCGCCAACGCAAAGGCAGUCGCCGCGGUGUCACCCUUGGUAAACCAGAUAUCAAGGUAGAGACAGUCAACAAAGAGACCCACAGUCUGGAGGAGGAGGCGGCCAAUGUCUCCACGGCAACCCGUAUGGUCAAGGCCAUGUACUCCCCGUUCAAAGACGACAUGGACCUGAAGCAGGACAUCAGGAGCGAGAGCGACACCCGAGAGGAGUACGAACUCAAGGAUCCAACCAACGGCUACUACAACGUCCGAGCCACCACCCAUGAAGAAGCGCGCCCCCAGUCCCGUGCCAUCCACUACCAAGGAGAGUUUCGCUCUCCGAACCCAAACAGCGGACCAGCCGGUGCCACGUCCAGCGGGCCUUCAACUGCCCCCAGCGGAUCAGUCCCCCCCAGCGGAGUGCCAGGCUCCAGGGCAGGCUGCUACGACCCCCGUCCACCUUCCAGGAUGUCCCAUGCCACCUACGCCCAGUUCAACACCUUUACGAGGGCGGCACAGAGCCAGCAGGCACCUCCCAAUCCAGCGCUUCAGUCACCAGGAGAUUACUCUGGAGACUGUGGCCUGCUGGACAGCACAACACAGCUGGCCUAUGACAACUACGGAUACCCCUCCCAGUAUCCCAGCUACCGCAUGGGCUUUGCCCCACCCAUAGAGGAAGGGCCAGCCUACGAGAUGUAUCCAACAGGACAGGGGACCGGGCAGGGGCCAGGGCCUGUACAACAAAGUCCUGAAACAGGGCUGGGGAAGUAUGGAAGCUCUACUCGCUUUUCCUACUCGUCUCCGCCCUCUGACUAUUCCCACAGACACACGCAGCGGAUGCAAACUCAUGUGUGAGAUACACACUCUUGGACUUUCUUUUCACAG